GUCUGGCUAAGCUGGAAGGUAUUGGGCUGAGGCGGCGGUAGCUGCGGCCCCGACCCCGAGCGAGGGGGCUUCGAGCGGAUAAAGGUCUACGGCCUGCGGCCUUUUUUUGAUUGUGUCGAAGUUUGUGUAAUCCUUCAUUACAGUUACUUUGAAAAAGACAAGCUCCUCUGAAGCGAGAAGCUGCCCUCAGCUGUGAGUCCGUGACAACAUCACUAAUGAUUACCUGGCAUUUCUGUAUCACAGGCAGGUCCUCAGGGUUUGUGCAAGUUUGCAAAUAUGUUCACCGUUUCUCAGACCUCGAGAGCAUGGUUCAUUGAUAGGGCCCGUCAGGCCCGAGAGGAAAGGCUCGUGCAGAAGGAGCGGGAACGGGCAGCCGUUGAGAUUCAGGCCCAUGUUCGGAGUUUCCUGUGUCGGAGCCGGCUGCAGAGAGAAAUCAGGAGAGAGAUCGAUGAGUUUUUUAAAGCAGAUGAUGCUGAGCCCAGUAAAAAAAGUGCACUUUGUAUUUUUAAGAUUGCCAGGAAACUGCUGUUCCUGUUCAGAAUUAAAGAGGAUAAUGAGAGAUUCGAGAAGUUGUGUCGCUACAUCCUGAGCAGCAUGGAUGCUGAGAAUGAGCCCAAGGUGUGGUAUGUGUCCCUGGCCCUUUCCAAGGAUCUCACCCUCCUGUGGAUUAAACAGAUCAAACACAUUCUUUGGUGUUGCUGUGAGUUUCUUGAGCAGCUCAAGCCCGAAAUUUUACAGGACUCCAGACUCGUCACGCUGUACCUCACGAUGCUCGUCACCUUCACAGACACUUCAACAUGGAAAAUUCUCCGCGGGAAAGGGGAGAGUCUUCGGCCAGCCAUGAACCACAUUUGUGCAAACAUCAUGGGACAUCUCAACCAGCGUGGGUUUUAUUCUGUGCUGCAGGUACUGUUAACCCGUGGCCUGGCGAGACCCCGGCCUUGUCUGUCCAAAGGCACUUUAACUGCAACCUUUUCUCUAGCGCUGCGCCCUGUGAUUGCCGCACAAUUUUCAGACAAUCUGAUUCGGCCAUUCCUCAUCCACGUCAUGUCUGUACCUGCUCUUGUGACUCAUCUCAGCUCAGUGACCCCUGAGCGCCUCACUGUUUUAGAAUCUCAUGACAUGCUUCGUAAGUUCAUCACAUUUUUAAGAAACGAAGAUCGAUGCCGUGAUGUAUGUGAAAGCUUAGAAGGAUGCCAUACGCUCUGUCUAAUGGGCAACCUCCUGCACUUGGGUGCCCUCAGCCCCAGGGUGUUAGAGGAGGAGACGGACGGGUUCGUGAGUUUGCUCACCCAGAUGCUGUGCUACUGUCAGAAGUACGUGUCCCAGAAGAAGUCCAACCUGACACACUGGCACCCCGUCCUUGGCUGGUUCUCGCAGUCAGUGGACUAUGGCCUUAACGAAUCCAUGCCCUUGAUCACCAAGCAGCUGCAGUUCCUGUGGGGGGUGCCUCUGAUCCGGAUCUUCUUUAGUGACAUCCUGAGCAAGAAGCUGCUGGAGAACCAGGAGCCAGCCCAUGUGCAGCCAGCAUCCCCCCAGAAUGUGCUUCCUGUGAAGAAUCUCCUGAAGCGUGCGUUUCAGAAGUCUGCAUCCGUUCGGAAUAUUCUCAGGCCUGUUGGGGGUAAGCGUGUGGACUCUGCAGAGGUCCAGAAGGUCUGCAACAUCUGUGUCCUCUACCAGACCUCGCUGACGACUCUGACCCAGAUCCGCCUGCAGAUACUCACAGGUCUCACUUACCUUGAUGACCUGCUCCCCAAACUGUGGGCGUUUAUCUGUGAGCUGGGGCCCCACGGAGGGUUAAAGCUCUUCUUGGAAUGCCUCAGCAAUGACACUGAAGAGUCCAAGCAGCUCUUGGCCAUGCUGAUGCUGUUCUGUGACUGCUCCCGGCACCUCAUCACGAUUCUUGACGACAUUGAAGUUUAUGAAGAACAGAUUUCAUUCAAACUGGAAGAGCUGGUCACCAUCUCCUCUUUCCUGAACUCCUUUGUGUUUAAGAUGAUCUGGGAUGGAAUCGUAGAGAACGCCAAGGGGGAGACCUUGGAGCUGUUCCAGUCCGUGCACGGGUGGCUGAUGGUGCUUUAUGAGCGGGACUGCCGGCGUCGCUUCGCCCCUGAGGACCACUGGCUACGCAAGGAUCUCAAACCUAGUGUGCUCUUCCAAGAACUGGACAAGGACCGUAAACGGGCCCAGCUGAUCCUGCAGUAUAUCCCACACGUCAUUCCCCACAAAAACAGAGUUCUCCUGUUUCGAAACAUGGUCACCAAGGAGAAGGAGAAGCUAGGGCUCGUGGAGACCAGCUCAGCCUCUCCCCACGUAACUCACAUCACUAUCCGACGGUCCCGGAUGCUGGAGGACGGCUACGAGCAGCUCCGGCAGCUCUCCCAGCACGCCAUGAAGGGCGUCAUCCGCGUGAAGUUUGUCAAUGACCUCGGCGUGGAUGAGGCAGGUAUUGACCAGGACGGCGUCUUCAAGGAGUUCUUGGAGGAAAUCAUUAAGAGGGUGUUCGACCCGGCGCUCAAUCUAUUCAAGACAACCAGCGGGGACGAGAGGCUCUACCCCUCGCCCACGUCCUACAUUCAUGAGAACUACCUGCAACUCUUCGAGUUUGUGGGCAAGAUGCUGGGGAAGGCCGUGUACGAGGGAAUUGUGGUGGACGUGCCCUUUGCAUCCUUCUUCCUCAGCCAGCUGCUCGGGCACCACCACAGCAUCUUCUACAGCUCUGUGGACGAGCUGCCUUCGCUGGACUCGGAGUUCUAUAAAAACCUCACCUCCAUUAAGCGCUAUGACGGGGACAUUGCUGACCUGGGCCUGACUCUCUCGUACGAUGAGGACGUCAUGGGUCAGCUUGUUUGCCAUGAACUGAUUCCUGGAGGGAAGACCAUUCCUGUUACGAAUGAAAAUAAGAUUAGCUACAUCCAUCUGAUGGCGCAUUUUCGGAUGCACACUCAAAUCAAAAACCAGACAGCUGCCCUCAUUAGCGGAUUCCGCUCCAUUAUCAAGCCCGAGUGGACCCGGAUGUUCUCAACCCCUGAGCUACAGCGUCUCAUCUCUGGUGACAAUGCUGAGAUUGAUCUGGAAGAUUUAAAGAAGCACACGGUGUACUACGGUGGCUUUCAUGGAAGUCACAGGGUCAUCAUCUGGCUCUGGGAUAUUCUGGCCUCUGACUUCACACCCGACGAGAGAGCCAUGUUUCUAAAGUUUGUGACCAGCUGCUCCAGGCCCCCGCUCCUAGGAUUCGCCUACCUCAAGCCUCCCUUCUCCAUCCGCUGUGUGGAAGUGUCAGACGAUCAGGACACGGGGGACACCCUGGGCAGUGUCCUCCGGGGCUUCUUCACCAUCCGCAAGCGGGAGCCGGGUGGCCGCCUGCCCACCUCCUCCACCUGCUUCAAUCUGCUCAAGCUGCCCAACUACAGCAAGAAGAGCGCCCUCCGGGAAAAGCUGCGCUACGCCAUCAGCAUGAACACGGGCUUCGAGCUCUCCUAGCUCCCGCCCCCACCGCCUGCUCUGGCCGGCUCCUGGGAUCCCAAGGACCUUCAGCUCCAGGGGGCAGGGUCGCUCUGGGAGUGGGUGACCCACCCGCCAGGUGACCUCUCACUCUAUAGCCAUGAGACUCCCCUGUGGCCUCAACUACUUGGGACGCACCUGACAACUCCUUAGCGCUCUCCAGGUGACACUGAUGGGAAGGGUGUUGAGAAUAAACCUCCGGGUUCCGCCA